AUGAAAUUAACAAAGGAAGAAAUAGAUGAACUUCAGAAAUCAUUUGCACCUACGUCUUAUGCACUUUUAUCAAGGCAAGUAAUUGAGAACGCUUAUAGUGAAUUCUUAGACUUUGUGGGAAGGUGUACAAGUGAUCCAAAUGUCCAAGAUGAAGCAAAAACAUGUUUAUGGGAGUAUUGUGCUCAUACACGUGAGAUAUUUUUGCAAAUGAUUGUUCUAGGGAAUUUAGAACGUCUACUUCCAGAUAUAAAUAUUACAAUACAGCUAAGAGAGUCAUUAGCAUCACUAAGGUUGAGGCUAAGAAAAUUAGCAUAUGAAUUCUUUCCAGCAUUACUUUCUACUGGAACUCCAAAAGCAAAUAUUAUGGCGUCUGUUGAUGUUUUAAUUCUGAAAACAUAUAUUCAACUACCAAAUAUGCUAGAACAGCUUGUCACUCAACAUGGCAAGCCAAUAAUUGUACCAACAUUGACUAAAGAUGAAAGAAUGGUAAUAGAGGAAAGAUUAAAUGACGAAUUUUUAGUUAUGUAUUCAAAUUCAAGUAUACCAAAGACGUCAUUAUUAAAGUUUUUGGUUGAUAAGGGGAGGAUAAUCAUUGAAAAAACUUUUAAUUUUUGUUUAAAUAUAAUAUCUGACUUUAGUAAGUGGCAAAUUUUAGAUGCAAGAAUUACAUUACCUAUUUCAUAUGGUUAUUCAGUUUCAGAAGAACAAAAUUAUGCUUUUAAAGAUAUUCUACAGACCAAAAUACUUAUUUUACAGAGAAAUCAGACUAAAGUAGUCCAUAAUAGUAAUGAAGAUAUUAAUAUAGAAGAUAUAAAUGAUAAUGAUAGAGAGAAAAGUGAUAAUUAUACUUACAAUGUAAGAUCUAAAACUGAAGUUGAUGUCCUCGGUGAAAUAUAUCAUACAGCAAGUAGAGUAGUUAACGAAAUUUUACUUCAAAUGUUGGAAGAGCAGGCUUUACUUUGCUUAAAAAAGGAAAGUUUAGGUGGAAUUUAUCAUUAUACAGAUGGCUCUUAUACUAUUGAUGGUAAAAUAUACAAGUUCCUUGAUAUAUAUAUAAUGCAAUCUGUAGAUAUUUUUUUUGGUGGCGCAGUUGAAGACUUGAAGCUUGGUCAGAACUGUUUACUUGGUUCACAAACACCAAAUACAAUUACAUCUCAGUUAAAAAGUCUUAGUAAUUAUUCAAUUAUACUGAGAUUUUUAAUUAGACCGAAUGGGGAGAUUUGCUGCAUUUUAUGGCCAUUUAACUUACUUGCUAAGAAACAAGGUGAUGAUACAUCUAGCCCAAUUUCUAAAGCACUCAAUAUUAUAAAGUCAUUAGAUAGUUGGAAAUUUAUAUCUAAUUGGGGUAAAAUAGAAUAUGCAACUGCAGAUCUAUCUGUUAUACUACUCCAUGCAGUCAAUAUAUUGCGCUACUUUCAAUUUGAAGUAUAUAGAAAUUUAAUUCAUGAAUUACUAGCAUCAGAUGGUAAUAUUUAUUAUGAUGAAUAUAAAAUGGUAUUAAAUAUAUAUAAUAAUACUAUGGUAUAUCACAUUUGGAUGGACAUCUUCAAUGGAUCAUUAAUAAUUGACUUAAAUACUAGCCAAACUGUUUGGAAACUGUAUCCUCAAUCAAUAUUUCAUUCAUUAGCAUUAUCAAUCAAAGUGAAUUCAGCAUCACUUAUAGAUCUGCUUCCAUACAUAAUGUAUAUGGCAAAAUUCCAGAAUAUUUACAAAGAAAUAGUAAAUACUUUUAACUGGAAAAUAUUGAGAAAUCCUCCAAACUCCAUAUUAAGCUUGGUUGUUUCAGGUAAUGAAGAUAUAGAUAAUCAUAGUACUCGUAAGCUAAUACUUUCAGGAAAUUCAAGUGUUCUAUUAAAUACAGCAAUUGACAAUAUAUCAUUAAUAUUUGGGGGCUUCAUUAAAGGUAAUAGAUUUAAAUUUGAUCUUAAUAACCCGGAAUUUCACUUUUUAUUUAAUAUAUCACAAAAAAGUUCAGCUGAGAUUGUUUAUUUUAGUUUAAAUGUUAUUGGGUACAAAUUAAAUAAUUUUAAGGUAAUAUUUUUUAAUUGUUUUUGUAAUACUUUUAAUUCAUAUUCAUGGUACAAAAUAUUUUACAAUGAUUUAGCUAAUAACUUAGAUAACAAUUCAAAUAUAUUGGCAAUAUUUAAUUUCGAUUUAUCAACUGAAUCUUCUUCCAUAACAUCUAUUGAAACUCAAAAUAAACAUAUCAUACUUAAAUUAGAUGAACUUUACAAUAAAACUUUUUUGAGAAAUAAUGUUGGUAUCAUUCGAUUAAUUAAAGAACUUCAGUUACAAGAUCAAUGUUUCUUCCCAUUUAUUAUUAGCAAACAGUUCAAUUGUAAUUCAAAUAAUUUAGAGGAUAAUGAAAAAAUAUAUGAAUUAACUUGCACUUUAGCUCCUGGAAAAAAGUCUGGUCCUCAAUUUAGACUAUUAUUGUCUAAUAAAAACAAUGAAGAGGGGUGUCUCGACAAUGAAGUUAAUUUGAAGAUGAAUACAAAUACAUGUUUUUAUUCCAGUGAAGUUAGGAAUAAUAGGUUAGAAUCACUAACCAAUUCAAACUAUGGAUACACAUUCGUUUGUGAACUUAAUCAAGAGCUGGGGGAUUCAUGCAUAAAUCCUAUGCUAUUUAUGAAUGGAAAAUUACCCACUUUUUUUUUGUUAUAUGAAGAAUCAAUUAAUAACGCAAGUAAUUUAGUUUUUAAGAAGAUUAUAGAAAAUGUAGAGAUUUCAAUAUAUAGUAAGAAAUUGGAUACUUCAUUCCCGGAACCAAAUUGGGUAGUUGCCAACUCAAUAAAAAUGUAUAUCAAUAAUAUGAAUAAUUUUUUUAAACUUUUGGAUCUUUGGAAUCAAAUUUUAUUAAUAAUAAAUUAUCAACUUGAAAUUAUAUAUUUAAAGUUUUAUUCUUGUAUAUAUAUCAAACCUAAUUUAGAAGAGGUAAAAAGUGACACUAUAUUUCUUGAUAAACUAUAUUCAAGAAAGGACAUGAUCAUAAAAUCUUGUUUACCUUGGGAUAUAAAGAUUGAAUUGAAACCUUGGCCAAUGUUAUUUGGUGGGAAAUUACUCAAAAAUUUACUAUUCAAUGAAAAAUAUUGUGGAAGCAAUUUGUCAAUAAAGUGGAAUUAUAAUGGAGAUAAUAAUUCUAAGAUUCUGGAUAUUACCUUAAAAGACAGUCUUAUUGAUCCAUAUAUUGAGACAUUAUAUAAUAAGCACCUUGAAGAAAAUAUCGAAUCUAUAGAUUUCUUUUUUAACCAAGGUUAUAAAAGUAAAGAAAGUGCGUAUAAAUAUACCUAUUCUACAUAUAUACUUGAUACUACUAGUUUUGGAUGGUCACUAUGGAGAUUAAUUAAUACUUAUGAAUUAGGAUUACUUGCCUCUAGAUUUCCUUUACUAGAUCAAGAUAUUAACUCUAAAAGCAUAUUUAAUGAUCCAAAUGGUAUAUAUGAAUGCCUCAACACUAUUGCUUUUAAUAAAAUAGAGAGUAUAGACAAGAUAUAUAUGACAUUUAGACUACGUCCACUUGGAAUGCAUAUGACAUUUUCACUUUCCUUAAGUUCAUACUCACCGUAUAAAGCACUUAUUGAGUUUGUUGAUGCUAAGAGUCUGCAAAUUGAUGGAACAUUUAUUAAUCAACCUAUAGACUUGGUGAAUCACUUUGCUGAGCUUAUAAGAAAGUUUAGUCAAAUAGUAUCUUGUCAAACAUUAGACUUAGAAUAUAAAAAUUUGUCAUCAAAAUUAUUAAGUAAUCCCAGAAUAUAUUUUAUACAUAAAUAUCGAAGUGAACUAUUUAAAAAAAUUGAAAAGCAUGGUGAAUUCUACUAUUAUCCCGGUUAUAUAUUUGAUAAUAUAUUAUGCCCAUUAUCACAAUACUUAACAUGCUCAUUUUAUGUUUCAAUAUCAUCUGGAAUCACCCAAAAGAUAACAAAUUCGUUUCCACUUCCAAAUGAACCUUCAUCUUUGCAGUGGUUAAUUAAAUCUAAUUCAUAUGCACCUCAUAAUUUGGCAAAUUCAGUAGUAAAAACUACUAGUACCACUCUCCCGUCAUUGAGUACACAAAAUAAAAUACAAUUAUCUCCUAAUUUUAAUGCAUCAAGUAAUCUUUUAUCUUUCCCAGUGAAAUUAUCUUUAUUGGAAUUGACUUGGUAUUAUCAGAAAACAACUUCUUUUGAUGUUGAUAGGAGACAUAAUCUUUUUUUUCAAAUAUUAUGGGAAUAUCCUCAAUUCAAAAUUAUUGUUGACAAAGAUGUAAGAUAUAAAAAUUCUUAUGGGUGGCCAGAUUUAGUUUCAAAGCCUAGUCUUUCGAGUAAUCCUAAUACUGAUCUACUUAAUUGGAAUAUAGAGUAUGACAUACCUAUUGCAUUCAUGCAAGAAAGUAGUAAAUUUAUUGACAGAUUAUUUUAUGUUAGCAGCCUUAAAGAAUUGAAUCCUUCAUAUAUAGAAUAUCUAGGGCAAAAAAGAAUAAGAGAAGUUUUCUUAGAGGCAGAUUACAAUAAAGAUAUCAAAAGAAUAAAAUAUGACAAUGAAUUUAUCUCUAAUAGUUGUAAUGGUGAAGAUGAUUCCGAAGUACAUUCAACUAACAAUAAAGAUUAUGAAUUAGAUAAUAAAAAAGAAACUAGAUUUCUAAGUAAUGAUACUUUAUUAGUACCACUAGUAUGUUUUCCAGAGUAUAUCAUUAAUAAAUUUGAUAAUUAUAUUGAGAUAUCACCUAUGAAAUUAAGAUUUUGUUUGGAAUUAUGUACUAGUCCAAUAUCUAGUGAAUUGGAUAUAAUGGGUCAUACUCUACAAUUAAUGGCUCAUUUGAGAUCAUCUCGUAUAUUAAUUCGCGUAAUAAUCACAGCUUUAUGUUCCUCACUGUUAGUAAUAAGAGAUAUUUCAACGCUACUUCAGUAUCCAUUGUUAUCUUAUGAGGGCAAAUAUCCACUUUAUAUUCAAGCUAUUUGUCAACAUGAUGAUUUACUUGUUCCAAUAAGACAAAGUAAUACAGUUACUUACUGUUUAAGAGGAUUCUUGUUUCGUAUUUGGCCCUCAAAAGUAGUAUUUGGACUAAAUACUACAUACUGUGAUAUAUAUAUUGCUUUAAGAAAUGUACCAGUGCAGAGUAUUGAUGAUGUACUAAUAAAUGGUACAAAUGCCUCAAAUAUAUUAAAAAAUAUUUCGAAACAAGCACAUCGUUCAGCUCUUUCCGUAGUUUUGGAGUAUCUUUUUAGAUUUUCUUUUGAGCAAUUAAAAUGUCUGCAUUCUCCUAAUCCAAUUCAACUAUUAGAAAUUCCAAAAUCUUUACCAUCUAAUUCAUUACCAGACAAUCAUAUAAAUUCAAUAUAUCAAAAGCAAGUUUUUGAAAAAAUAGGUAAUCAAAAGGUUGCCACCCAUCAGCAAAAUUCAAGACAACCAUCCAAUUCAUAUACAAUAAAUCAACAAAUAAAUUCAUUAAAUAAAUCUCAAAAAGUAUAUCAUUCUCAUAACCAUCAACAAACAUAUUUUUCAACAAAUGAUCAGUUAUAUAAUAACUCAAGUCAGUCAGUAGCUACAAAUCAAACAAAUCAAGUUCAAUCAUAUAAUCAAUACCAAUAUCAUUUAAAACAACAGGCGAUAUCAUCUCCACAUUUACAUAUGAAUUAUACACAAAACCAAAGUCAGAUUUUAUGCAAUCAACAGCAUGUACAAGUUAAUCACAGUUAUCAACAUCAACAAUCCCAAUACCAAAAACAGCAAACUCAAGAAUAUUCUAUUAUUCAUGAUCAAUCUAAUUUUAAGCAAUAUCCUAAAAAUUUACAAUCUUAUAAUCCACAUUACCCUCAAAAUAACCAUUUAUAUAAUCAAUCCCACAUAUACCAGCAAUGUCAAACUAAUCAUCAAUCUCAACAGUAUACUCACUCAAAUCAACAAACUCAGCCUAAUCACUUAUCUCAUAGCCAAUCUAGUCAGUUAUCUCAAUCCUACAAUCAAACUAAUUCUCAUUCGCACUUAAUUGCUCAAUCUAAUCAUCACCCUCAGCCUCAUGAACAACAGUCUUAUAACCACCAAUUAUAUAACCAGAAAAGACAGCAUUCUCAUACUAAUUAUGAACACUUCCCAUUGAUACAACAGCCAAACAACCUAUCCUAUCCAAAUAACCUUCCAAGCUUUAUUAAAUCUAAUUAUCAAUCUCAAGUAAGGAAUAUUAGUAACUAUCCAGUAAUUAAUAUAAAUAAUGCACAACUUCAAUCGAAAAAAUCCCAUCCUAAAGAUUCACCUAAUAUUUAUCUAGCAAACUCUACAGUAUACAAUCAAAAUGCAUGUAGUGAUGCAAUAUAUAAAAUUCCACAAAAUCAAAGUAAUAUGCAAUACACGCAGCAAUAUCCCAUAUAUUAUCCUCAACACUACUCGCAACACAUACAGCAUCAAUCUCAGCAAUAUAAUACCCCACAAUACUUACAGAGUUCAACUCAGACUCAAUCGGUGAACUCCCAAGAUGGUCAUGAGUCAAAUGCAAAAUAG